AUGUCGGACGCAGAUGGUGCUGCAAGUUCUCAGCCUAGUUCCAGAGGAAGAAGUCCAUCCAGUGAAGUGAGAGUGAGCUGGGUGUACGAACUUAAUAAACAAGAAUUAAUUGAAAAACUAAAAACGUAUAACGUUACUGAUAGUGUUGAUAACCUACGAAAAACGCUCGUCAAAAAACUUCGUGGAAAAAACGAAACUUUCACAAAGAAGGAACUAUACAGGUACGACAUGUUCGACUUUAAUAAAAUAAGUUUUACCCUAAACAAAGACAAUUGGGAAGUUUUUGUCGAAAGACUAGAAUUAAUUUUCGAGUGUCAGUGUAUUCCGCCGGAAAGACAAAGUGCAGAACUGUUAACAAGGGUUUGUCAAGAGACUUUCAUGUUGUUUCGCAAUUUAACUUCACCAAAAAAGGCCAAAGAUCCUUCCUACUCUGAUUUAGUUAAUAUCAUGAACUCUCAUCUUCAUCCAAAGCCUUCAGAAAUUUCCGAAAGAAAUAAAUUCUACGCCACGAAACAAUUACCUUCGGAAUCAAUACACGCAUUCCUUACAAAAUUGAAAGAAAGAUCUUUUUAUUGUAAUUUCAAGGACCUUGAUAUUGCUCUUCGUGAUCAAUUUGUAUUUGGACUUAUAAAUCACGAAACAAAAGUGGAAUUAUUUCGUCAAGAAAAUCUAACAUUUCAAAGUGCAGUGAAGAUAGCGGAGGAUCGAGAAGCAGCUAUAAAAAAUUCCUUAUCAAUGAAGCCCGCUUAUGCUGUGUCUGAAGAUACAAUUUUUUACAUGAAUAAGGCUGGUUCAAAAUAUUCCAAUCAUCAACAAUACAGAGGAAGGGGAAGCGGAAACGCAGAAGGAAAAUUCAAAUCUUCGCAUCCAAACAACGCAGCCGCGGCUUCCACUUCCAAAGACCAGAGCCAGAAACUCAUCAGCGACAAUAGACAAAGACAACACGAUAACAGGAGCAGCUACAGACGAGAAGACAGAAACGGCAGCCGUAGGUCGAAUGUAUCAAACAAUUCUCAGGUACAUAUAACCUCAAAAACGCGUAAUAAUAAUAAAUGUUAUUGUUGUGGUGGAUUUAAUCAUUUCGCAAGAGACUGUAAACUUAAGUGGAAAACUUGUAAUUAUUGUAAUGUAAAAGGUCAUAUUGAUAGAGCAUGUCUAAAAAAACAAAACGGAAUUAAUUUAGUCAAUGACAACUUAUUAGAAAAUGAAGAUUUGGAUAGUUCUGAUUUAGAUUUUUAUUAUAUGCAGCAAAACAAUUUUACUGAAUUUCAGGUAAACAAUAUUGUGGUAGAACCUCAUAGUAUGAAAUUAAUUAUUGAUAAUAAUCAGGUAGAAUUGGAAGUUGAUACAGGUUCACAUGUGACUGUGUUUUCAGAAAAAACUGUAGCUAAUUAUUUUGCAGCUAAGAAAAUUCACAAGGCAGAUAUUUCAUUGUCCAGCUAUGACAGAACAAAGUUGAAUGUAAUGGGUAUGUUGACUGAUCUUAAGGUGCAUUUCGAAGGGGUUGAAGCAAAUUUGAAAGCUUACGUUUUGGCAGGUAACGGGAAAAAUUUAAUAGGAAGGCAAUGGCUUCAAGCCUUGGAUAUGUGGCCGAUAACUUUUAAACCUCAGUUUGCGUUGAAUUGCUUGAAUGAUCAUAACAGUAUUAUUUCACAUUUUAAAUCAAAAUAUCCCCAAUUGUUCGAUAACAGCCCAGGUAAAUAUAAAGGUAAAUCUAUUAAACUAACUUUCAAAAAAGAUUAUCAACCAAUUCAAUGUAAACCUUAUCAUGUCCCUUUCGCUUUGAAAGACAAAGUAGAUGCAGAAAUCGAUCUUUUGGUAAGAAUAGGUAAUUUGGAACAAGUUGAGGUGAGUGAAUGGGCUACUCCAGUAGUUCCUGUGGUGAAAGGGGAAGGAGUUCGUUUAUGCGGAAAUUUUAAAUUAACAGUGAAUCCUCAAAUAAUUGUUAAAAGAUAUCCAUUACCCUUAAAAGAAAAAGUGUUUCAGACGUUACAGGUUGGAACCAAAUGGUCCCAAAUUGAUUUAAAACAUGCAUUUAUGCAAUUUGAAGUUGCUGAAGAUUGUAGAGAUCCAUUGACAAUAAUCACACAGAAAGGUUUGUUUAGGUACAAAAAAUUGCCAGAGGGUGUAGCCUCCAUCCCAGCAGAAUGUCAAGAUAUUGUUACUGAUAUUUUGAAAGGUAUUCCGAAUAUUGAAAUUUACAUAGAUAAUAUUUAUUGCACAGGAAAGAAUGAUUCAGAGCAUCUCGAUAAUUUAGAAAAAAUAUUUUAUAGGUUAAAUGAAGCAGGACUUAAAGUAAACGAAUCAAAAUGUGAAUUUUUCAGGUCUGAAAUAGAGAUAUUAGGAUUCAAAUUGGACAAAAAGGGUUUAUCACCAUCUCCUAGUAGAAUUCAUUCAAUUGUGAAUAUGCCUUCUCCAAAAACUAAAAAAGAACUUCAAGCAUUUUUAGGGUUAGUAAAUUUUUACGAGUCAUUUUUGUAUAAGCGAGCUGAUCAACUAAAGGUAUUGUACGAUGUUUUGAAAGAGAGCAAAUUUUAUUGGAAUUCUAAUUGUGAUCAAGCAGUUAAUUGGGUAAAGAAGGAAUUAGCAUCGGAUAAAGUUUUGGUUCCAUAUCAGCAAGAUAUUACUUUAGUAUUGGCUACAGACGCAAGUUACUCAGGGUUGUCAGCUAUUUUGUCUCACAGAUUUUCAGACGGUUAG